CACGGGAAAGUUCGUGCGAAGUUCGUGCGAGUAUCGUCAAUCUGUACAUAUAACUCCCUGCCUUAAUUAGGAAGGUCAGUUGAUCCGUAGGACUCUACAUAGUUGCAUCAUGGCCAAUAGACGAAUUCUUGUUAUCGCGGGGAGCGAUUCAAGCGGUGGUGCUGGCCUCGAGGCAGACCAGAAAGUUAUUGCAGCUCAUGGCUGCUAUGCUAUGACUGCCACGACAGCGUUGACGGCUCAGAAUACUACUGGUGUCAGUGAUGUACACCACAUACCCCCUGAGUUCGUAAGGAAGCAGAUCGAUGCUGUCUUUACGGACAUUAAACCCGGGGUCGUAAAGACUGGGAUGCUAGCAUCUGCACGUACUAUUGAAAUGGUAGCACGGGCGUUGAAGGAUUACAAGGUUGAGACGUUGGUAUUAGAUCCUGUUAUGGUCGCCACUACUGGCGCCAAACUCCUACCCCUGGAAGCCGUGAAUGAGUUAAGAACUCUGCUGCUCCCACAGACGUUCAUCCUUACUCCAAAUAUUCCCGAGGCACAACUCCUACUCUCCGAGAGCGGGAAGGGAACUGUCGACAUCCAGCGUGUAGACGACUUGGAAGUAAUUGCCCAAAAGGUACUGGAAUUAGGACCAAAGUGGGUUCUCGUCAAAGGCGGCCAUGUGCCUUUUAAGAAAGACGGUUCGAUAGCUACGACCCCCGAGGAAAGGGAGUUGGUCGUCGACCUUUUAUUUGGAGGGGGACAAGCCACGAGGAUCGAAAGUCCAUACAUAGACUCAACCAACACACAUGGAACGGGAUGUUCACUUGCCUCUGCCAUCGCCUCCAAUCUUUCCAAGGGACUGAAACCUGUAGAAGCCGUCAAGGCCGCUUGUCGGUAUGUCGAAGCAGGAAUCAAGACCGCACCCGGAUACGGAAAAGGGCAUGGUCCAAUCAAUCAUUUCCAUUCAGUUCUGACUCUUCCAUUCUCUCAGGGUCACUUUUUAGAAUACCUUUUGGAGCGACCUGACGUAUCGCCAGUGUGGCACCAAUUUAUUAACCAUCCAUUCGUCCUCGGUCUCGGGAAUGGAGAACUGCCCCUCGAGUCGUUCAAAGGCUAUCUGAUACAAGACUACCUAUACCUAGUUCAAUUCGCAAGGGCAAAUGCGUUGGCUUCAUACAAGUCCAAGAAUAUGGAGGAUAUUGGAGCCGGCGCUAAAGUGGUGUCGCAUAUCCAUACUGAGAUGAAACUCCAUCUUGACUAUUGUAAAGAGUUCGGCAUAUCCAAAGAGGAGAUAGAGGCGACAGAGGAACAUCAAGCAUGCACUGCAUACACGAGAUACGUCCUUGAUAUUGGGCAGUCGGAAGAUUGGCUUGGCCUUCAAGUUGCACUCGCCCCUUGCCUCCUUGGUUAUGGAGCCAUUGCAAAACAGCUUCACGGCGACCCAAGAACAAAGACGGAGGGUAACACGUACUGGAAAUGGAUCGUGAACUAUAUCGAAGAGGACUACGUGGAGGCGGUAGGGACCGGGUCUGCUCUGAUGGAAAAGAAUGCAGUCUUACAAUCUCCAUCAAGGAUAGAAGAGCUGGUCAAGAUCUUCAUCCACGCUACGAAGAUGGAAAUUGGUUUUUGGGAGAUGUUCCCAUCAGCUUAAAUCGUGUUGAAUCUCGUAGGGUCGAAUCGCUAUAGAAGGGAAGCGCGGGCAUCUGGAGAGGAUAUAUAAUAGAUGGUAGUCGUUUGCAUUUUGGUGUAUGAAUGCUUUAUGUACCUAGGUUAGGUACUUUAUCGAUCAAGCCAUAAGGUACAUAGGUACCUAACGUACCAUUUUAAUUAAUUCAAUACCUACCUAUGUUGCUAGUGGCGAAAGCUGAUAGCACCUGCCGGCAGCUGCAUAGCACACAGUUUCUCCUAUGUAUUGUACAUAGUACUUUCUUAAC